AUGUUUAAACAUUAAUACUUUUAGACAAAUUAACUAGAUGAGGAUUAGUUUCUUGUAAAUAUCGGUUAGAAUUUGCAAUCAACAAAAUUCUUCAAAGUAAUACAGAUAACAAUAAUUAUCUUUUUUUUGAGAAAAUACUUUUAAAGCAUUUAAUAGAUAAUCUUUAUUAAGAAGAUUUUAAAUUAAUUAAAUAAUAAUUGUUUGAACUUUUGCAAAUAAGAAACUAAAAGUAUAUAAGUGGAUAAAUAACAAUAAAGUAUGAGAUAAUACUGAUACUCAAUUGAUAAUUCUAAAAAAAUAGGAAUAUUGAUAAAGUGUUUUAAAGAUGAAUAUUAAAAGCUGAAGGGUACAAGAACCUUUUCUUAAAGUAGAAUGGUAGAAAAAAGAGCAAAUUGAUAUAUUGAAUAAAUAAAAGAAAAAAUAAAAAGAACAAACAAAAGAAAUUGCUUUAUUUCUGCAAGGAGAGAAUAAUAAGAAAAGCAAAAAGUUUUGA